AUGUCCGCCACCAUGAGAUCUGUUCGCCUGGUGCGCAGCACCACCGCAUUGCGGCCUAAUUUGGCCGCUCGCACUCGCGCCAGCGCUCUCGGUCCAGCUUCGAUUGCUGCGGCUAGCAGCCUUCUUUUCAACGGUCGCGGCAUGCCGUCUACUGUGUCUGCUCUUGCCAUUUUGAUUCCCCAGCGUGGCUAUGCUACUGAACAAUCCACCUCGAACUCCACCCAGUCAUACCCUCCUCCCGGCUUUAAUGCUGAGCAGGCCAAGAAGCCGAUCCCCGUGGACCAGGCGCAAUCACAAACAGGCGCUCCGGCUACUAAGUCUGACGUUGCUCCCGUUUCUAAGGUGUCGGCGCAAAGCUCUGCGACCAAGAGCGAAGAUCAAAAGGUUGCAGCAAAAAAGGAUGCGAAGAAGUUGACCCUCGGCCAAAAGGUCAAGAAGGAACUUCAGCACUACUGGGACGGCACCAAGCUGCUUGCGACAGAGGUUAAGAUUAGUUCUCGAUUGGCGUUGAAGAUGGCUGGUGGAUAUGAGCUCAGUCGUCGUGAGCACCGUCAGCUCCAACGUACUACCAAGGAUCUUGGUCGAUUGGUUCCCUUCUCCAUGUUCCUCAUCGUUCCUUUCGCCGAGCUUCUCCUCCCCGUAGCCUUGAAGAUCUUCCCCAACAUGCUGCCUUCCACCUACGAGGGCCAGAAGGCCAAGGACGCCAAGGCCGUCAACCUGAGCUCGACCCGCAAAGAGGUCUCUGGCUUCCUGCGCAACACACUACGUGAGAGUGGUCUACCAUUGACUGCUGCCAGCGUGAAGAACGAGGAUUUCGCCGACUUCUUCCGCAAGAUUCGCACCACUGGUGAAUCUCCCUCGACCGAGGAUGUCAUCAAGGUCUGCAAGAUCUUCAAGGAUGACUUGACUUUGGACAACUUGUCCCGGCCCCAGCUGGUCGCUAUCUGCCGCUACAUGAAUCUGAACUCUUUCGGCACGGACGCCAUGCUCCGCUACAACAUUCGUCACCGCAUGCGCCAGAUCAAGCGUGACGAUCGCGCUAUCUUCUACGAGGGCGUCGACUCUCUUUCCGUUCCCGAGCUCCAGAUGGCUAGCGCUUCUCGCGGUAUUCGCACCCACGGUGUCUCUCCCGCCCGCCUCCGCGAGGAUCUGUCCAUGUGGCUCGACCUGCGUCUCAAGCAGGGUGUCCCCUCUACUCUUCUCGUUCUGAGCAACGCCUACUCGUACACCCAGGGUGGCAAGGAAUCCGAGAUGGCCUCCCAGAUUGACGCCCUCAAGUCCGUGCUCUCCAGCAUUCCCGAGGAGCUGUUCCACGAGAUCGAGCUCGAGGUCCACAACGCCGAGGGCGCAGCUACCAACAAGCAGCGUCUUGAGGUUAUCAGGGAGCAGGAAGAGCUGAUCGAGGAGGAGAACGAGCAGAACAGCACGAACGAGACUCCCAAGGAUACGGAAGAUAUCGACGACAAGGAAGAGACCAAGGUUGAAGCCUCUGCCACCGGUCCCGAACAGCAGUCUGCCGAGGCAUCCGAAGCCCUGAAAGAGGGAGCCAAGGCCGAUCAGAAGAACGAAAAGACGAGCCAGAGCUCGUAG